AUAUUAAUUAAUUUUGUAGAAAGGUACAGGCAAAGUGAAAGGUGUAUAGUAGCUAUAGAAUUCCACUCUGAAGAAUGAUGUAUCCUUGUCGUAUAGUGGAAUGGUUUUAGGUCACCCACUCAGGCUCGGCCACCACCGUGUUGUGGUACAACCGCGGAAUCACUUUAUUUGUGACGCUUCAAAAACGUGAUUUCUAAGGUGGAAUUAGGGCAUCUCAAUGCAGGUCCACAAAAAAAAACUCAAUUAACACGAUUUAAAAGAAAAUGAUAAGCAUGAUCAUCACCAAUUAAACGUGUAGAAUUGCUAUGUUUAUAUGAACAUCUCUGGGUCUCUCUUCUCCACAAAAUCUGUUUUCAGGUGCAGAACAAUUCGAAGACGAUAAUGAUAAUAACCAUGGAGAUUCCAAACCUUGUCAGAGUUUACGAAGAUGGCACCAUUGAACGCCUCCAAGGCUCUCCAUUUGUGGCACCCACGCUUCAAGAUCCAACAACAAAUAUAUCAUCCAAAGACGUUGUAAUCUCAUAUAACCCUCCCAUCUCUGCUCGUCUACACCUCCCAAACAAGAUCCAAUCCCAGGAGGAGGAGAAUCUCAAUACCAACCACAAAAUCCCCAUCUUGGUCUACUUUCACGGUGGAGGAUUUUUCUUCGAAUCUGCCUUCAGCCAACUCCACCACAACUAUUUCAGCACGUUUCUCUCCGUAGCACACAUUUUAGUCGUUUCUGUGGAGUACAGGCUAGCACCGGAGACCCCUCUUCCCGCGGCUUAUCAUGAUUGCUGGGAAGGUCUCAAAUGGGUCGCCACCAAGGCCGAUCCAUGGCUUCUCAAACACGGCGAUUUCAACAGAGUCUUCGUUGGAGGUGACAGCGCUGGCGCUAACAUCGCGCAUAACAUCGCCAUGCGUGCUGGGGCCGAAGCAUUACCGAGUGGUGUAGAAGUUUUAGGCGCUCUGAUUUCUCAUCCCUACUUCUUGGGGUCGAAGCGAUUCGAGAGUGAAGCGGAAGAGAGCGCGGGCUUUAGGUGUUGGGAAUGGCUUCAGCCGUGUGACGGCGGUGGGCUUGACGACCCGUUGAUAAACCCGUUGAGUAGUGAGGCGGGUUGUUUGAGCGGGCUUGGGUGUCGGAAGGUUCUGGUUUGCACGGCGGAGAUGGAUGAGCUGAGAGAAAGAGGUGUGUGGUACUAUGAGGGUGUGAGAAAGAGUGGGUGGGAAGGGGAAGUGGAACUGUUUGAAGUGGAAGGCGAGGAUCACGUUUUUCACGUCAACGAUCCACGAACACAAAAUGCUCUUAAGAUGUUCAAACGCUUUGCGGAUUUUAUCCUACACUAGAAAAACACUUUUCUAUCCUAAAAAA